AAACAGAGUGAGUUCUAUGGUGAGUUUGUUUGUUUUCGCUUGGAAGUGGUGUGCUUGCUCCACAAUUCUUAAGAAAAGGGCAUCCGUUAUGGAAUAAAUUUUAAGUUAGCUUUUAACAAUUUUAAAUGGAAAUAUAGUAGAACCGCAUUCAAGGUUGACCCAGACAAUCUCAUGGAUGGCUACGUCAAAUCGCAUCUGACCCGAUGGGGUUUGGAGGAAUUGAUCCCAAAGUUUGCCGACGAGGAAGUCAACGAACCAGCCUUCAAAUGUCUCACCGAGGAAAUCAUUCGAGAGCUGGUUCCCAAGCUAGGCAAACGUGCUAUUUUCAGCAAUGCCUACAACUCCUACCGAGAGCAGCUAGCCGCAGCAUCCGCUUCAAUGCGGCUUCUACCGGUUAGUGAACCGGAAGUGCCACAAGGUGAAACUUUGGUCGUUGCAGCUGACUUGCCAGGGAUAUUGCAGGAACGGGAAACGGACUCAACCAAUAAUCAGCAAAGGGGUGAACUCAAAGAUGAAAUCAUCAUUAUUCGUGAAGUUAAAAUUGAGUCUUCAUUGUCGCAAACUUUCUCUUUCUCUGAAAAUACAGCAGAAACGCCAGGAAAUUCAGAAAAUCUCAACCCAACAAGACAUUCGGAAUUAGCUGUCGAAGCACAGGAAGAUGCUAAUCUUGUUGAACACUUGUUGGAAGAUACACCUCAACAAAGUGAUACUCAAAAGUCAACAAGCGACCCAAUAACUUUCAGCGUUGCAUCUCCAUCGGAAGUAACUGAUCGGGAUCGCGAAACCGUUGAAGCUUUAAGGAAUCUUCUACAACAGAGCGAUACGCUGAAAGUAUUGCUGGGGAAAACUUUCCUCACCAGGUCUCUUCGGAACAAUCUGGCUAGGCAUAUUGCCGAAUAUUUGUACGAUAUGUACGAGAACGAUUGCAGCGCUAAAGCUUUUCGCCGCUGGGCACGUGCAAUCGCUAUUAUGUUCCCGAACGAAAUUGCGGCCUUCUAUUAUCGGGAGUCGGCUGAUAAGUUAAACCGUUCCGGUAGGUUGUACAAAUCCUAUCGGCACCUUUGCAGUGACAUUGAAAGAAAAUUGUGAAAUUUUCCUUGGCUC